UCCCUGGAAGGGGACGGCCCUCUCGCCAGCGCGCAGGAAGAAACAUCGCCAGCGCAGGGGAAGAAACUGAAGGGCAACCAAUCACCGAGCGCCAGCACAACCCAAUGGAGAGCCCUAAGCAGCGCACGGGAACAAACUCAAGGUCAACCAAUCACUGAGCGCCAGCACAAUCCAAAGGAAAGCCCCGAUCGGCUCUCCAGAACGAACUGAAGGUCAACCAAUUACCGAGCGACAGCACAACAUGGCACAAGAGAAAGACCCACCCGAGCCUAAACCCGGAACUGCUACAGCUUAAAUACCCUACCCCACCAUACCCGGACACGAUUUCUCUGACUCCCUCCUUGAGUCACGGAACCUCGCCCAGAACCUUAGUUCCCAAUAAAGCCUUAAACUGUAAAAAUUCUUUUUGACUCUAACUCCUGUCUUUACCCCGCACAACGCCUGACACUAACAUUUGGUGCCGAAACCCGGGAGGAGGUGAUAGCUCGCCUCCCUUGGCUGAACUCCCCACUCCUCACCAAGCCAGAUGCCAACCACCCUACUCUCAAGAGCCUACAGGAGCCGCCCCUGAUAUUCGAAGAAGACUAAAAAGGGCCAAAGACGGCCCUCAAACCCCUAUGGCCGACCUGGUAAAGAUGGCUUUUAAAGUUUUUAAUGGCCGAGAGGAAGCUCAAGAACAACAGCGACAGGCCCGUCUCCAACAAAAGGGACGACAGACUCGCAAUGCCUCCACGUGACGAGGCUUCACCCGGAUUGGACUCUGCCUUCCAACUGCUGGAGAUGGAGGAUGACAACUGACGAGGCCCAGACUCAGUAACUCCGGUGACCCACGCUGAGCCCAGGGUAAAACUCCAGGUACCGGGUAAGUUCAUCUCCUUUCUGUUGGGCACGGGGGCUACCUAUUCCGUCCUGCCGAGCUAUUCCAGCCCCAACACACCAUCCUCCAUUUCGGUCAUGGGCAUAAAUGGCACCCCCUCCAUUCCCCCAUGCACACCAGUACUCACCUGCUGCCUGGAUGGCCUCCACUUCUCCCACUCCUUCCUAGUCAUCCCCUCCUGCCCCAUCCCCCUGUUGGGCCGAGACAUCCUCCGUAAAUUAGGAGCCUCUAUACAUUUACCAGCUAUUUGCUCCUCCCCCAACCCCACUCAUCUCCUACUGGCUGUUAUCACGGACGACAUAGACCACAGCCUUAACCCACACCCAGACCUCCCAAUAGACCCAAUCGUAUGGGAUACAUCCACCCCAACAACCGCCACCCAUCACCAACCUGUCCUCAUUAGACUCAAAAAUCCAUCACAAGUCCCAUCUAGACCCCAAUACUCAAUCUCCCACACCCACCGACUAGGCCUGAAGCCCAUCAUCGAUCCCCUACUCAAGGAGGGCCUCCUAAUCCCAUGUCAUUCCCCCUGCAACACCCCAAUCUUGCCUGUACAAAAGCCAAAUGGCUCAUAUAGACUAGUUCGAGACCUCCGAAUAAGCAAUGAAGCUGUAAUUCCCAUCCAUCCAGUAGUGCCGAACCCAUAUACCCUCCUCUCCCAAAUCCCCCCAUCCACGACCCAUUUUACAAUGCUUGAUCUCAAAGAUGCCUUUUUCACCAUUCCCUUACAUCCUGAAUCCCAAUUCCUCUUCGCCUUCACAUGGCAAGAUCCAGUCACUUCUCUGGCCUGCCAACUCACAUGGACGGUACUUCCCCAAGGAUUUCAUGAUAGUCCCCAUCUCUUUGGGCAGGCUUUGGCCAGGGAUCACCUCAAAGCCCCACUCUCCAGUCACUGUACUCUACUACAGUACGUAGAUGACCUUCUAUUAUGUGGAACCUCUUUCGACCACACCAAACAAGAUACAGUCCAAAUCCUAAAUUUCCUGGCUAACCUGGGGUAUCGAGUCUCCCCACACAAAGCCCAAAUCUGUACUACUGCAGUCACAUUCCUGGGAGUCUCACUCACACCUACUACCAAGGCCCUAAUCCAAGAUCGCCUCCAAGCCCUCCAGACCCUGUCCCCACCUACCAAUGCAGACGAAAUCCUCUCCUUCCUGGGUCUAGUAGGCUUCUUCCGACACUGGAUCCCUAACUUUGCUAUACACGCAGCUCCCCUAUACAAAGCAGCCAAAGAAACCCCCCAAGGCCCACUCUCCAGCCCAGGAUCGGUUGCAAGGGCCUUUCAACGGCUGGUCACAUCUCUAGUCACUCAACCGGUCCUUUCCCUCCCUAAUGUUUCAAAGCCUUUCCUCUUAUACACAGAUGAGAGGGCUGGAAUUGCAACAGGGCUCCUAACCCAACCGUGUGGCCCUAAGUUACAAGCUGUCGUCUACCUUUCUAAACAACCGGACCCUACCAUCAGGGGGUGGCAACCCUGCCUCAGAGCACUUGCAGCAGCAGCCACCCUAACCCAAGACGCACUCAAACUCACCCUACACUGCCCCCUAAUGGCACUUUCAUCGCACCGUCUAUCUGAUCUCCUUACACAUAAGGCCCUGGCACACCUCUCCCCAUCAUGCGUACAAUUGUUCCAUCUGCUCUUUAUUGAAAAUCCUGAAAUAUCUCUCCAACUGUCCCCCAGACUCAAUCCUGCCACGCUACUUCCACAAAUCAACCCUAAAGACACUUCACAGCCACCCUUCCACUCCUGCACUGAACUUAUAGAUAUUCUCUCCAAACCCUCAUCUAACUUAAAGGCCCUUCCCCUCACUUCCCCUGAUCUCACUCUAUUUGUAGACGGCAGCUCACUAGUUGACUGCAAGGGCCACCGACGAGCAGUGUAUGCUGUAGUUACAUUAAACCAAACUCUAGAGACCCAGACACUACCCACAGGAACCACAUCCCAGAAGGCUGAACUCAGAGCCCUCAUUAGGGCUCCCCAAUUGUCCAGAAACAAAAGGGUCACAAUAUACACAGACUCAAAAUACGCUUUCCUUAUUGCACACACACACUCCCACUUAUGGGAAGAAAGAGGAUUCCUCACAACGAAGGGUACCCCCGUCAUCAACGGGCCACUCAUGGCGAAACUCCUUGAGGCCCUCAAACUCCCACAGGAAGUGGCCAUUGUCCACUGCAAGGGCCAUCAACCCCUAACCACAGAGAUAGCUAUAGGAAUUCACAAGGCAGACAACACUGCCAGACAAACAGCUCUCUCUCUUGACCCAGUUCCUAUGGGCAUCCUCACCGAAGCUACAACUCCCGAUUAUACCCCAGAUGAACAAAAACAAUACAUGGCCCAUCCCGAUGCCCACACCAACGCAGGCUGGAUCAUGCUGGGCCCCCAACUGGCCCUCCCAAAUAGUCUAGUCCCUUCCCUACUAACAAAAAUCCACAAAACCCUACACAUUGGGCCGGAGGCCACCUUCCACUUCCUUGAGCCCAUUAUGUACCACCCCCACCUACGACAGCUGAUGGCCAAAACACACGAACAAUGCACCACAUGCGCCGCAGUCAGUCCCCAAGGGAGAAUGAGGCGCCCAGGCCCCACUCAUCAGAUGCGGGGCCAUCUCCCGGGCGAAGACUGGCAACUAGAUUUCACUCACAUGCCAAAACACAAAAAAUUACGGUAUCUCCUUACUAUAAUUGACACCUUUACAGGGUGGAUAGAAGCCUUCCCCACCUCAUCUGAAGGGGCCUCCACAGUGGCUGAGAUCCCACUCAAGGACAUCAUUCCCUGCUUUGGUCUACCAAGAAGGAUACAGUCUGACAAUGGGCCCGCUUUCAUCUCAGCAGUCACCCAACAGGUCUCCAAAGCUUUGGGUAUUACUUGGAAACUCCACUAACCACACCACCCCCAGUCCUCGGGUAAGGUUGAAAGGGCCAAUGGCCUCAUAAAAGACCAUCUCACUAAACUCCCCAUAGAGACUCGGCUUUCUUGGCCUCAACUCCUACCUAUAGCACUCACCUGACUCCGAGCCGCUCCCUGAGGACCCACAGGCCUCAGCCCAUUUGAACUCCUAUACGGGCGACCCUUCCUGUUACCCCAACCCCUACCAAAAGAUCCUCCUCCUUUGGCUGCCAAUCUCCCUUACCUCAGCCUGCUCUGACACCUGAUUCGCCAGUACGCUGACCUCACUCUACCAGCUCCCAUCAAUCUCUCCUCUCCCUCACUACCUGUAAACCCAGGAGACUCAGUGCUCCUUCGAGUAAGACAAAAACCAACCCUUGCCCCCCUGGCGGGAGGGUCCCUACACACUCAUACUCACAACCCCCACGGCUGCUAAAUUACUGGGCCACACCCCGUGGGUUCACACCUCCGACCUCAAACGGGCCCCUCCUUUACCCCCUAUACCAGAAGAGUCGUGGACCUCCCAACCAACCGGCCCCCUCACCCUCUAACCCGACAGGCCCCUUCAUGACGGACCCUUCGCCUCGGUUUUCCACCUUCACACUCACAAUAUUACACGAGCCACAACUCUCCCACUCAUCCGACCCCAUCACCCUCCCCUUAUUUCUCUCCUGGGUCUCCGACUGUUGGCUUCAGGGAACUCUCCAAUUUCUCCCCCGCCGAAAUCUCCUUUACCUUUUUACUAACCAUACUUAUAUAUCAUGAUGAUACUUCCCUUGUUACUCCUUGUUAAUAUCAUCCCCCUUAUGCCCUCACAACCCUCCUAUAGGUGGGCUUUUUUACCUAUCCGAAACUUUAAUGGACACAGCUCUAUCAUAUCCUCUACCCCUUGCCCCAUUGUUGGGUGCCUAAAUCAAGUCACCUUUAAAUUCCCCUCUUUCAACACCCUCCAAGCCUCUACGCGGAUUACUCCCACCAUUUGCUUUUUAUAUGACCGAACCCACAAAAUAUGCUCCCAAACCUCCCCCAACCAAUAUGGAGGAUGCCCCUAUCACUAUUGUAACAUACACUGGCUCAACCUAUACUGCUUCACAGGACCAAGGACAGUCUGCUUCUGCUUAAAAAAUGGCAACUUUACCCUUACUGUCCCUGAUCCAUGGGAUACCCGCUGGCAAACCGGAAUAAAGGGCAAACUGUAUCAGAACGGCCAUUUCUCUAACCCCAUCUCCUCUUUAACCAUCUAUCGAACCUAUGAGCCCUCUAUGUCUCCUUCCCUCUCCAACCUUAAAGAUCUUACCCAAGUAAUCACGGACCAAGAAGACCAGCUCAACACACAACUACAGACACCCCCUGCACAACAUCCCUUCUCAUGGCUUACAUUAAUCAGACAAGGAGCGAUCCUGCUUAACCACUCAGGCUUAACCAACCUGUCAUACUGCUUUCUUUGUGCAUCCCUUCAGCGGGAUCCAGUAAUAGCCGUCCCAUUACCCAUCCCCUUUCCCAACACCACUAACUCCAUCAACCACCCCAGAAGUCAAAUCUCUCUACAGAUUCCCAUCCUCACUGAGACCCCUCAAAGCAACACGUCUCACCCAAUAUGCUACUCCUCUCAUGCCUCCCCAACUUGCCCCUCCCCCCUGCCUAUGCCUAGCCACGACCCUCCCCCAGGGGGAUUCUAUUGGUGUAAUGGCACAGCUUAUAAACAAAUGCCCCAAAAUGCUUUUAUCUGUCUCCCAGUCACCAUUAUCCCCCAACUCACCCUAUACAGACAGGAAGAACUCCAUCAACUCCUCGAAUUCUGUCUCCGAAAACGAGCCGUUUUCCUCCCACUAAUGGUCGGACUAUCCCUAGCCACGUCCCUAUGGGGUUGGGACGAGCUCCCUUGCACACUCCAUUACCUCCUCCAGGGACGUGUCAGAUAGGCUCCAAAUCACAAUAGAAGCCUCAGCAACCUCCCUAUCUGCAUUACAAAGGAAGAUCAAGUCCCUAUCACAGGUCACUCUACAAAACCAACGAGCCUUAGAUCUCCUAACAGCAGAAAAAGGGGGAACAUGCCUGUUCCUGAGGGAAGAAUGUUGCUACUACCUCAAUGAAUCAGGCUUAGUUGAAACCAAUAUAGAACACCUAAAGGAAAUCCAAAAAACUCUAUCCACCCGCCCAGGAUCCUCAGACCCCCUAACCUCCUGGUGGCAAUCACCCCUCUUAACUUGGCUCCUCCCCAUAGUCACCCCACUAGUUGCUAUCUGUAUAAUAUGUUCUUACCUUGUUUUCUCCGUUUCGUAUGGAAACGAAUUCAUGAAGUUUCCCAGGUCGCAUUUCAUCAGAUGGUGGUCCGGCCCUAUUCCGCAUUCCAACCUCAGACCCCACAUACUAUGGCCUCGCCUUUACACCGCAGGAAGCAGCCAGAUCAGAUCCAUCGCCCAUUAUCACCAAUAAGAGGUUGGAAUGUUAGGAUGUCCCUGGAAGGGGGCGGCCCUCUCGCCAGCGCGCGGAGCAAACUGAAGGUAAACCAAUCACCGAGCGCCAGCACAAUCCAAGGGAAAGCCCCGAGCGGCUCUCCAGAGCGAACUGAAGGUCAACCAAUUACCGAGCGACAGCGCAACAUGGCACGAGAGAAAGACCCACCCCGAGCCUAAACCCGGAACUGCUACAGCUUAAAAACCCUAUCCCACCAUACCCGGGCGCGAUUUCCCUGACUCCCUCCUUGAGUCAUGGAACCUCGCCCGGAACCUUAGUUCCCAAUAAAGCCUUAAACUGCAAAAAUU